AUGUCGGCAAGGCCCGCGACACCGGCGUCGCCCAAAAACCACAAAGUCAGAGCACCCCAACCAGGGCAGCCCAUGUACGGUUGCGAACAUUUGCAGAGGCUCUUUAAUCAAGACCAAGCAACAACAAACACGUCGAUCCAACACUACAGGGCAAUUCUCCGUAGCAUCUUCGAUACGAACCCCCUGAUCCCGCAGACUGCCAAGGCCAUCGAUGGUCAGAUCGUGACCUCGCUCACUCCUACAUAUCUCUGCCUCCAAUGCCCCUCGACCCUCACGGAAGACGACCGGACAAAACAUGGCAACAAGAAGUCGCACAGGUUCUAUGUCGACUCCAGGAGCGGUGCUCUGUACUGCCAAAUGUGUGACGAUAUUGUCUGGGACCCUACGUUCGAGGAGCUCCGUUUGAAGAAGAUCGGCACAGGCACCUUCUCAAUGCGGAAACGCAAACAUGAGGAGCUGUUCGAAACGUCAGAUCCUGUUCGGGACAACCCGGCAUACAUCUCGACCAACACAACGACGGCCUCGUGCAAGUCGAACGGGCUGCGGGGCAUCUACAAUGCCGGUGCCACAUGCUACCAAAAUGUCGUCCUCCAGAGUUUUCUCCACAACCCGAUCCUCAGGAACUUUUACCUCAGCGACGGCCAUUCUAGCAGCACCUGCAACGUGGACUACUGCUUGAGCUGCGCCAUUGACGACAUGUUCCAAGAUUUUUACUCGCUCGAAAACACAAACGGGUAUACGGCAGCCAGCAUCCUGUCGGCGUUCUGGUACAACCAGAAGAAGGCCUUUGAGAUUCUGGUGGCAACCAAGGAGCAAGAUGCCCAUGAGUUCUUCCAGUUCCUGGCCGAGGAGCUGCACGAACGCAAUGGGGACGGCAAGAGGCCAGAGAUCGGCAGCGAACACAGCUGCAAUUGCAUCAUUCACCAAACCUUCUACGGCAAGUUGCAGAGCACAACAACCUGCCAAAACUGCAGCGGCGUGACGCACCAGGUGCAGAGCUUCCUGGAUCUCAGCCUACCGCUGGAGAACCUAUCACACAAGAAGGGCAAGAAGUCCGCGUCAAGAGGGUUGCUGACACUGCAGGAAUGUCUCGACGAGGAGUACAUCAAGUCGGACAAGUGUGAAUACCGCUGCCACAACUGCAGCUCGAUGCAGCAAGCCCGCCGGCAGACCAGCAUCAAGCGGUUACCUAAUGUCUUGUCGAUCCAGCUCAAGCGGUUCGAGUAUAAGCAGGGCCGCAACGAGCGGGCCGCAAAGAUCGACACGCCCGUGCAGUUCCCGCUCGAGCUCAACAUGCUACCGUACACCAACCGCGGCCGCUCCGGCGGCGGCCCGGAUGCCGGCAAGGAGAACUACGAGCUCGCCCGCUCCUGCACGUACGACCUGGUCAGCGUGGUCGUGCACGUCGGCGAGAUCGACACGGGCCACUACGUGUCGUACUGCCGGGUCGGCGACCAAGUGAGUACCCGCCCUACUGCCCCUGAUCCGCCGUCCUCCUCCAUCUCCCCUCCCGACCCCGAUGAUAUCCCCAUCUCUGUCGAACCAAGAGGCCAACAAAUGGGACAGUGGUUUGCCUUCAACGACCACCGCGUAGAGCUGGCGCAGAAGUCGGACGUACUCAACGCCAAGCCGUAUCUGCUCUUUUACGUCGUGCGGUCCUUGUCGUGA